UACACGAAUUUCGUAAUUCGAAACGAACUGGUGCGAUUUCAGCCGGCGAGCAGGAGAAAAUGUCCGCAGCGGAUCAGGACCCCGUGGAACUGAUGCUAAAGAAGACCGGCUGCAUAGAGCUCCACUACAAGGUGCAGGAGUGCAUCGCCGAGACGGGCGACUGGAGGGCUUGCCAGGACAAGGUGAAGGAGUUCCGGGCGUGCAUGCAGAAGUACGUGGAGCAGCAGAGCCAGAAGUAUGCCCACGUCAAGUAG